GAAAUUUAAAUCUAGUCACAAGUUAAAUUCACCUUUGGGUACACUAAAAGUUUAUACAAUACGACUUGGUGACCCUGACUAUGAUUUUGAGCAUGCUGAAAUAAGAUAGGUUUUGGAUUUUGGGUUUUGGUUUGUGCGGUUGGAGCAGUAGAAAUGCUUUUAAACUCAGGAUUCAGGUCAAAAGACUCAGUCAAGCAAAUGCAAAGGCAAAUCCUUCGCUUAUCUAUCUCAACCCCACAAAGAAAGUGAAAUAACGCACACAUUGUCCCCUUAGAUUCCCUUCUUUUCCAUAUUAAACACACUCUUUUUCUCUUUCACUGCCUUUGUCUCUCCCUCUCUUGCUUCCUAAAUCAGCUGGUGGGUCAGACUAUGUUUCUUUUGUCAGGAUUCUCUGCCACUAUAUCAAGGGACUAGAAACAAAGAAUUUAAUGGCAAAAGCCCCACAAUUCAAUAAAAGAGGAAGAAACUUCAACACCUCUAUCUCUCACUCUCACUCUUCUUCCCAAUUCCCAUGGCUAGACCCUCUCAAGAUUUCUCCUCCAAGAGACACUUUCAUUGGACUAGAAAAGUUGGUAGUGAUCAUGAAGAUGAUGAAGCUGCAGCUUCUCAAGAAGAGAAACAAGAAAACACAAAAAGCCACCAUUCUGCAGCUUCCAAUUCCAUCCCCACUCCAAAGAAGAAGCUUCCUGCUGUUGCAGUCGCUAGGCUUAGAACUGUUCUUACCGCAUUUGGCAAGAGCAAAUCGGGUCUCCCUCUCAGCCUGGGCCCUCGAGUCAUCGGGACCCUUUUCGGCUCCCGGCGAGGUCAUGUGCAUUUUGCUUUCCAAAAGGAUCCCAAUUCCCCUCCUGCUUUCCUUGUUGAACUUGCCACACCAAUUAGUGGGUUGGUGAGGGAGAUGGCUUCAGGGCUGGUGAGAAUUGCACUGGAGUGUGAUAAAGACAAGGAAGAAGAGAAGAAAGCUGUGAGACUGCUGGAUGAGCCCAUGUGGAGGACUUACUGUAAUGGGAAAAAAUGUGGGUUUGCAACAAAGAAGGAAUAUGGGGAUAAAGAGAAGAAGAUUUUGAAGGCUGUGGAGCCAAUUUCAAUGGGUGCUGGAGUUUUGCCAGGGAUCAAAGGAGAUGAAGCUGAAGCCGGAGGUGGAAAUGAUGGUGAAGUCAUGUACAUGAGGGCUAAGUUUGAGAGAAUCGUUGGGUCAAGAGACUCUGAGGCUUUCUAUAUGAUGAAUCCUGACAGCAAUGGAACUCCUGAACUUAGUAUCUAUUUACUUAGAAUCUAAUUUCAUGGAAUUUCAAGUUGAAGGUUCAACUUCAAGCCUCUCAAUUUCCUUUCUCUGCUAUUUUCUUUGUCUUUCAAAAGGGGUAAACUGGUGAUACAGGUUAAGCUAAGAGAGCUCUUCAUCCUUGAAAAUGGAGGUCUAGCUUCUGCAAAUUUUCAUUUCUUUUCUUUUUCUUAAUUUUCUUUUUGGGAAAAUGGGAAGUGGGGAUAUUGUACUACAUUAGAUUUAGGUGGAGGGGGGCAAUACAUUAAACAUUAUGGUUAGAUGAGGGGGGGUCAUGAAGUUGUGUAUAUGUAUAGCUUUAUUAUUAUUAUUAUUGUUAUUAAUGGUCUAAUUAAGUUUAAGAGCCAUUGAGCCUUGUGCAAA